AUGUUUCGACGAACAAGACACAUGUCAAAGAAAGCAUUUUGCGAAGUCUGGUCCUAUGUUCGCCACCCACGGAAGAUCUCGAGACUUCUAUGGAGAGUCCCCAAGCUCAUAUGGAGGAGCGCAUACACAACCUGGGAUGGCAAGACUAUCACCUAUGGUUAUCUAGUGCUCCUGAUCAUCUGGCUUGUAGCCAACGUUGUCAUAAACUUGGAUUGGGGAUGGUUGACACCACUUGGGCCACCAGCGAAAAGAGCUGCGCUGGCAGCUAUCCUCAACCUUAUCCCGGUGGUUCUUGGCGGAAGAACGUGCCAUGUUGCCGAUCUCCUUGGAAUACCAUUGCAGUUCUACUACUUGCUACAUCACUGGAUGGCAAGGAUCGCUCUAUUACAGUCGCUUGUGCACGCUGGCAUUCACAUCCAACUGCAAGAGAGCUGGACGACCAUCUCAGGUAUGGGACUCGCAGCUAUGCUUCUUUUCAUUAUCAUCACGUUUUUGUCCAUGUUCUGCAUCCGAAGAAGACACGCCGUCGCUUUUAUUUGGUGUCACAGAAUCCUCGCAUGCAGUCUGCUUGGUUUCCUUCUCGCACAUCUUUGGCUUGUUUACCCGCUUGAUCGCAACAUAGCUGGGAUCAUCCUGCUCUGUGUCAUCGGUAUCUCGACCUUGCUUACGUUCUACCGUUGGUUUCGGUUGCAGACAGCUCAAGUGGACAUCAGUAAAUGUCACCUCACGGUGAGAAGUCCUCAUGCCGAAGAAGAGAUAUACACGGGGGCCACUCGGAUCAAGAUUCGACCGCCUAGAGACACUCCCAUAUAUCCGGGCGCUUACUUCUACGUCUUCAACGAGCACGACCUGUUCUGGAGACGAUGCCUAGGUACACCCAUGGCGGUGUAUGAAUGGGCGACAUCAUCAUCCUCGUCUGUUAAUAACUGUUUAGCGUCCGAUCUAACUUUCCUAAUGGAAGACCAUCCAUCUCUAGCUCCCUUAUUGCCUGGUACAAGACUAACUAUCGAUGGCCCAUACGGUCGAAAUUUGAGACUCGAUAGAUACGACCAGGUGUUCCUCUUGGCUGAAGGUAUAGGAAUUGCUUCAGUGAUUUCCUUCGCAUUUACACUUGCCCACAGACGACUCCAUGAUCGCGAGAAGAAACCGGCAGUUGCGGGAGGGUCUCACGAACAGCUCUAUCUCGACAAGACAAGGAGAGUAACGCUCAUAUGGGCUAUGGAGGAAAACUCUCAGCUAGAAUGGGCACGGGGCGAGAUUAAUCGGUUGAUGAAGCUCGACCCACAAUCGAAACUUCUCCAUGUCUGGCUUUACCAACCAAAAGAACCUGACCCUACUUUAUCUUUCCCUCGCUUAGAGGAGGCUCAGAAAAAACUAGAAGCCUGUGACGAGUUCCCCAAGCACUGCAGGGUCACCUACGCACCGAAAAAUUGCUGGUCCGAGGUACUGCGGCAGCAGUUAACCGGAGCUAUGGAGACAUCACCUGGCACUAUAGUGGCUGCUGUGUGUGGAACGCCCGCGUUCCGACACAUGGCUAGGGACAUAAGUAAUGAGCAUGCUCGAGUAAAAUUUUACGAACUAGAGCACCAGCCCGUGCCUCGCCAAAAGCCUGCCAUAGUCCUUUCAGACGACAUGAGUCGGCAACUUUCAGUCCAAUACCGCGACCCACCUGCCAACCAUCGCGUCGUGCAACAGGUCACUCAUUUGAACACAGAAGAGAGCAUGUCUGUGUCAGUCAUAGUGGAGGAGGAGUACGAAAUGAGAUCAAUGUCACAGAAGAGACAGUUAACCUGA